CUCGGCAGAACGGCGGGGUUCGCACCGGCACCGGGACGGGCACGGCUACCGACACAGGCACCGGGACGCACAGCACCGGGACACACAGCAUCGGGACACACAGCACCGGGACACACAGCACCGGCACUACCUCAGCGCCUGCCGCCGCCCGGGACACGCAGGGCCGGCCUUUGCACUGAAGCCAAGUGAAGCACCUCACAAUUGCACUGCACACUGCUCAGCUGUGAUUCCUCUGGCAGCCAAACCUCUCUGUCACUGACACCCCGAGGGCUCUUUCUCCCCUCCCUGCCCAUCUCUCCUGUCUGUGCCUGGAAGCUGGUGCUCAGCAGUAGCUCUAUCUCCCUGUCCAUCCUGCUGGACUGCUCCCCACCAUGUUUCAGCGUCUCACCAGCCUCUUCUUCAGUGACAGCAGCACGCCAGAGGGCCUGGAGGAGCCCAAACCCUUUGUCCAGGAAGAGGAGGAGGAGGAUGGCUGGCUCAUAAUUGAUCUUGCAGGCAGCCGUGCCCGCCCCGGCCCCGCUCGCCGCCCGGCCGCUGGCGGUACCGGGCGCUCGGCGCGGCCCCGCCCGACGCCCCCCGGUCCGCCUCCGCCACCGGCUGCUUCCCCGGCUCCGGCCGGUCCCUGCUUGAUGGACGAGAGUUGGUUUGUCACCCCUCCCCCCUGUUUUACUGCAGAGGAGCCCGGCCCCGACGGCGUGGGGAGCAGCCCCAUGGAGGACCUGCUCAUCGAGCACCCCAGCAUGUCGGUGUACGUCACCAGCACCCUCGAGGUGGAUGGGGAGGGCCCCGAGGACGAUGCUGCAGAGGACGUUCCGGAGCCGCGGCCGGAGCCGCCGGUGCCGCAGCGCGGGCGGGCGCUGCCGGUGAAGGCGGCGGCGCUGGACAAGGCGGGGCAGGCGCAGCGGGCGCAGCGGGCCCGGCAGCUGGCGGAGCGGCACCGCCUGGCCCAGAAGGCGCUGCAGCGGCAGAACCGGGCCCGGCAGCGCCCGCCCCGCCGCGCCAAGCAGCUCCCGGGGGCCUUCGUCCACCAGCCCUGCCAGCGCCACUGCAACUACUGACCUCGCUCCGCCGCCCAGGGGCUCCCCCCGGCCGGCCCCGGCCCCGGGAGCGGCCCCCACGGACACCGGGGACACGGCGGCGGCUUCACUCCGCACCCCGCGCCCGCACGCCUGACCCGCGCUCCUCAUCUUCCUCCUGUACCUUCACCGUGUCCCCCGCCCUCGAUGCCGGCUGGGCCGCGACCCCCGGAGCCGCCGGCAUGGAGCGCCACGCUACCCCUCCCCAGCUGCCUGGCAGCAUUCACGCGGGAAAUCGGAAUUCCCGGUGAAAUCACCUGUUCCUGAAAUCACCUGUUCCCGGUGAAACCUGUUUGUCCUGAUAAGCCUGUGACAUCAGUGCCUUUCCUCACAUCAUGACUCCAUGUACAGCCUGGCUGGGAUGUCACAGAGACAUCGAGCGGGAGUGACAAGAGCAGUGAAGCCACAAGAUUUGGGAUUUUUAGGAAAAUCUCAUCAAUGACACUAAAUAUUGCUUCCGCCCUGCAAAACCAGCAAACACUUCUCUCCCUCCUUGAUUUCUUAGCUACAUUUUACCGUGAUAAGAUACUGCCCCACUGCCAGUCCUGAAGGGGCUUGUGGUUGAAAGCGCUGGUAGAAUCUCCAUGGCUGGGUCAGCCAGGCAGCUCCUGGUGCCUCACGGUGUUGUUUUUUUUAACAACCUUAAAAGGAAUCUCAGGAAUCAAAGCACCGUCCCAGCGCAGCACCGGAGCCCUUGGCUGCCGUGCCAGGAGGGGUGGCCAGCCUGGGGUGGCAUCACCGUGGCUGGAGGUCCCCUUUGAGCAGCCCUUUGGCCCUGGAGCAGUGACCUGCCCCAGCUGUGUCCCCAGGGGUACGCCUGUAUCUGUGUGUGUGUAUUUCUCUCUGUUCCUGGACGCUCAGAGGAGGCUCUGUCAAGCCAAGGCUCGCUGUCUGCCUGGUGUUAGUCCCCGGGAGGGGAGAGGAGGCAGGAUCUGCACAGCUUCCCUGAGGUGGCCAAAGCACGUCCGUGGUGGUGGUGAAGAGAUGCUGAAGAGGAGGCUGGAGGGAAGUGCCUGAAGUAAGGACAAAGAUGGAUCUGGGAGCCACUGCAAUGGGUCAGGAUGGGGCAGACCUGAGUGAGAGGAUUGCUGUAACAGGAGCUGUGACAGAGGCAUCUUCUUUCCCCGCUAAAAAUGGCAUCCUUUCCUGUGAAGGGCCAAAUUCACUGUUAGAUGAUGCUAAUUUCUAAUGAAAUCCCUCCUCUCUCUGUGAUGGACUCCUUCUGCCUUUGGAAGAACAUGGUCUAGGAUUUUCACUGGCUCCAGCACCAGCUGAGACAGCUUCAAAUUCAGCAGAAAUUUGCUGAUCUGCCCCCAGUUCGCUCCUUUUAGGAACUGGUUUUAUACCCUCUGCCCGGGGAAAGUGUCCUGCUCAUGACCACAGCCUGGAUUCCCACCCUCUGAGACAAGACAUACCCCCACAACACUCCAGAAAAUUCUGAUUUCACCAGAGGUUCUUCCACUCACCAUGUUGCAUCCCUUAAUAUCAGCUGGGGGCCUCGGCUGAAGGAAUUGUGGUGAGCCCAAACUGAGACAGCUGAUAGUUAUUAAUUCUUUUAAUGAGAUUAAAGCCAAAAUGAAUCUUCUUAGUAGCAACAGCCCCUAGCUCCGGGCCAGGCAGCCUGGACCGUAGUAGCCAGCUACUGCUGCUCCCCUGCAGCAUUUCCCCUUCACUGCUCUGCCUGGGCUCUCCCAAAAGCUCAGAGCUGGGCAGCUCCGGAGCUCUGCGUCCCGAGAGGGGGAACUGCGAGCCCUCGGCAUUGCCCCGCCCUCCUCGGGCCUCCCACAGCCUCUGUCCCGGGCCAAGCCUGAAACCACGCCGAGAUCACCCUGCUGGUGAAGAGACUGGCAUCUCCUGACUCCAGGGCAGCGUUUACCUCCUCUGGCUUCCUGGGCUUCACACUCAAUGCCUUUUUUUGCCCCUGCAGUGAUUCCUGGGCUGGCCUGGGAGCAGGGCAGUGUAGGGCCAGUGGCACAGGCAGGGGCUGAGCCCGGCUGUGGUGGGUGCUGCCCUCCCAUCCCCGUAGGACACAGCUCUGGGGCACCAGGGUUGGGGGGGGCGUUUUCUCUCUGGCCCCAGCACACAUCAAGAAGGGCAGAAGCCAAGCACUGUCCAGCCCCCAGCUUGGUCUCACUGCAAAUUCUCCUGCUGCCAGUCCCUCUGGAGCACUCCAGAAAUCAGAGGCUGGCUGUGACCCCACUGCCCCCUUGACAGCUCCCAAAGGAACAGGCUGGGGGAGCAGUGGCCCCAAGCAGAUCCUGCCAUGUCUCACCUGCCGGGCUCUCCUGUGCCUGCCCAGCUGCUGGAGAUGGUACCCAGGAGAAAUCCCUUAUGGAAAUCCUCCCGUGCACCUUUCUCCUGUGCUGUGAGCCAGCCCUUGGCCGUGUUCCUGGGGGACUUGUCUCAGCCUGGCACUGCCAGCAGCACCCGGCCCCCAGUGCCCAUUUCAAACAGGCGAUCUUCUUCCUCUGUCCCGGUUUUCAGAAGCAAAUUCAAACUCUUUCUGUGCCAGUCUGAGAUGUCUUUCAUCAUUCUGUGCCCAGCCAGCACAGGAGAUGAAGCAGAACUAUUACCACACUUUAUAUCCAGAGUAUGUUUAUAAAAGAUUAAUAAAUUAUUAAUAAUGUUUUCAUGAAGAGGUUAAUCCA